CGAGGCUGAGAAGACAAAUUGCCCUCAUCAUUAUCUCCGGGCUUGUCAAUCAAACAUAUUCCCUUAUUUACCUCGGCGAGGAGAGAGCCCCGGGAGCACACGGAGAGGGAGGGAGUGAGAGGAGAGGCACUCGCACCGAACUCGGCGCCGGGGAGGGAGCGCUCCCAGCCCCGCGGCAUGGCCACCAUAACCUGCAAUCGCUUCACCGAGGAAUACCAGCUCUUCGAAGAACUGGGCAAGGGCGCUUUCUCCAUCGUCCGGAGAUGCGUGAAGGUGUUGGCAGGACAAGAGUAUGCAGCCAAAAUCAUCAACACCAAGAAGCUGUCUGCCCGAGAUCACCAGAAGCUGGAGCGAGAAGCUCGGAUCUGCCGUCUCCUGAAGCACCCCAACAUAGUGAGGCUCCAUGACAGCAUCUCCGAAGAGGGUCACCACUACCUGAUAUUUGACCUGGUCACAGGUGGGGAGCUGUUUGAAGACAUCGUGGCCAGAGAGUACUACAGUGAGGCAGACGCCAGCCACUGCAUCCAGCAGAUCCUGGAAGCUGUCCUGCAUUGCCACCAAAUGGGGGUGGUCCAUCGGGAUCUGAAGCCAGAGAACCUGCUGCUGGCAUCCAAGCUGAAGGGAGCAGCCGUGAAGCUGGCUGACUUUGGCCUCGCCAUUGAGGUGGAGGGGGACCAGCAAGCAUGGUUUGGUUUUGCUGGCACUCCGGGAUACCUCUCCCCAGAAGUGCUCCGGAAGGAUCCCUAUGGCAAAGCUGUGGACCUGUGGGCUUGUGGAGUCAUCCUCUACAUCCUGCUGGUCGGGUACCCUCCCUUUUGGGAUGAAGACCAGCAUCGCCUCUACCAGCAGAUCAAGGCUGGGGCCUACGACUUCCCCUCCCCUGAGUGGGACACAGUCACUCCUGAAGCAAAAGAUCUCAUCAACAAGAUGUUAACCAUAAACCCAUCCAAGCGCAUCACAGCAGCAGAGGCUCUGAAGCACCCCUGGAUAUCACAUCGUGCUACUGUGGCAUCAUGCAUGCACAGGCAGGAGACUGUGGACUGUCUGAAGAAGUUCAAUGCCCGGAGGAAGCUGAAGGGAGCAAUCCUCACCACCAUGCUGGCGACGCGCAACUUCUCCGGUAGGUCUUCUGGGAGUCGCCUGAGAAGUGACCACGUAGAGAAAAGAAAGUCCAGUUCCAGCGUUCAGUUAAUGGAAUCGUCGGAGAGCACUAACACCACUAUUGAAGAUGAAGACACCAAAGUACGGAAGCAAGAAAUCAUUAAAGUAACUGAGCAGCUGAUUGAAGCAAUAAGCAAUGGCGACUUUGAGUCCUACACGAAGAUGUGCGACCCUGGAAUGACUGCCUUUGAGCCUGAGGCUCUGGGGAACCUAGUGGAAGGCUUGGAUUUCCAUCGAUUCUACUUUGAAAACCUGUGGUCCCGGAAUAGCAAGCCUGUGCACACAACGAUCCUGAACCCCCACAUCCACCUGAUGGGAGACGAGUCUGCCUGCAUUGCCUACAUCCGCAUCACACAGUACGUUGACGCGGGAGGGAUUCCCCGCACCGCCCAGUCAGAGGAGACUCGCAUCUGGCACCGCCGGGAUGGCAAAUGGCAAAUCGUCCACUUCCACAGAUCUGGCGCACCCUCUGUCCUACCGCAGUAAGCCCUCUGAAGUGCGGGCCUGCCUAUAUCAGGUUUGUCACUGAGUCACUACCAAGGGGAGAUCCCCUCCAACUCUUCACCUGUGGGACUUUGGCUGUUGGCUCUGCUGCUUGGUUCCUGCUGGAAUUCCUCUCGCUUCUCUCAACGAACACGCAAUGGCCCCGCUGACAUGACACACAUUGAAUCGACAUCCCCAUCCCAUCCUUCACAGGCAACCCCACUGGGGCCUUCAUGCUGGGCCCCCUUUCUCUGCAUGAAAGAAGAGAAGAGAAACUGUAAACAAAAAAAACCCCAACCAUUUGGCCAGCAAGAAGAAUCAUGCCUGGGGUAAAGGCCUCCACCCACCACUGCAUGGCUCCUGAACAUCCUCACAACUCAGCACGUCUCAUGAAAUGGGACAGGACUUGCCAUCUAUCUCCCUCACCUCCUUUGAGAGCCUCAGAGGCCCCCCAAGGAAGAAAAGCGCAUGGAGGCGGUUUUGAGCCACUCCAUGCUGGUCGGGGCUUGGGUGACCUUCUCUUGGCAUCAGUGGAUUUUUGUCUCGCUGUUACCACAGUCCCAUACCUGAUGCCAUGGCUCCCACCUGCUCCAGUCUUGGACUCUCCCCAAUCCGAGUUCUCACUUCUUGGCAGCCUCAACUGAGGAAUCUCAAUUUAAACCAUGUGCAAAUUUCAGCUUCCAGGCACCUCUGAGUGAGGAGGGCUUUAUUUGGAUGGGUGAGUAAAGGCUAUCUUUUAUUUUUCCUUCCCAGGAGUGUAAGGCUGGCUCCUUCCCAGGAGCAUGAGCAGGUUUGUGCCCUAGUGCUGGGGAGCUGUCAUGCAGAUAGACAGCAUGCUGUCUGAGCAGGGAUGCUUUCCCUCCUUCCUCCCUUCUUCCUCAAGAGCAGGGCCUGGAGAAGCUGGGAAGAAGAGAGGAAGAGUAUGCAACAGCUUCCCAGUGCUGCAUCGGCCCAGCAAAGGAACCAGUGGCUGCGGGAAAGGAGAGCUCAGCUCUCCGAGAGGUAGCCAGGCGUCGCCACAAGAACAGGCUUGGCGUGGUAGCAGGCUCUCCUCCGCAUACACCGCUCCCUGCACCCUUCUCCCCACCUAGCAUCCUUUACCUGCAGCUGACUUGGCUCCCAGCUCUCACCCUCACUGAACGCCAGCCUCUGCCCCUCGCAUGCAGCACCUGGACCUUCUCCCAGUGCCCCAAACCCAAGCACCACGGCCUUCACCAUAGUGUUGUAAAUGCUGGUGCUAAGGCAGCCGAGCUGGCCACCCAUUUGAGAUACAAAACGUCAUUGCCCACGCAACACCUUCCAGCAAAGAUGAGGAAUGCAAGCUUUAGUAAUAAAACUCUGCAGAAUCUGAUCAUGCUUCGAAGAAACAAACAAGCCUUUAGCUAUCUCUUCUACUUUGAGCGCAUGCCUUUUUAUAGGAAAAAGAAAACAACCUACUGUGUAUUUCGUAACUUGAUUUUGAGUAUUUGCUGACAUGGAUCUUUAUGUAAUAACUAGAAACAUUCAACUGUUUGGGGCAGGGGGGUGGGCAGUUUUGGGGGGGUUGCUGUUUUUCGUUUCGUUUGCCUUUGGAGUGGGGUUGUAACGAAGUGCCGUUCCUAAUGGGGCCCCACGGCUGAGCGGGGGAGCCACGUCGAGCUGAGUCUCCCACCCUGUGCCCUGUGCGUGGCCGUGGCUGCAGCAAGGCCACCGCAUCUUGUCCCGGUCGCCCUGGCUGGGCAAAGGUGGCAGCCUCCCGGGCACGGCCUUGUCCCCAGGGGUCCUUCCCAGGCCCACAUGGAUUUUCCUGAGUGGCAAACCCAGGCAGCGGUUCUUCAGGAGCCACCAGCAUGUGGUUUUCAGGAUAGAAGACAGGGCUGGAAUGGGGAAUUAUCACCUCUUUGCCUUCAGGUAGAGGUCCAAGAGGCGUGAGGGUGGUUAUUUUUCUGGUAAUCCUUCCGUUUCUUGUACUCUUUUUUUCCAACUGGAAUUUCUUUGCUUGUUGAUGUGAGACUACUGCAGUGCACUGCUGCCACUGGGGGACUUUCUAACUGCACUCUCUUCAUCUGCAUGGCGUUUAACUUUCUAGAUGGUGCGUGUGUUGAAAAACAAAGAAAUGAACAAAAAAACACUUGUUUUGGACAUAAAGGAAAAAAAGGAAAUUUUUCUCCAUGUAAAUUCUGACCGUGUGUUUUGCCUUUUCUGUGGUUUUGAAUGCUUUGCUCUGUCUAGGCAGGGACAGCUGCCUCACAAAACACAGCCGCAUUCUUGCAGACUGCAAAAAUAUUUUCCUGCUGGAUUGAAGGGAAGAAAUCCAAACUGUCGGGGGCAUUAACAGGCUCAGAGUUGUUCAGCGUGUCCCACUGUGCUGAGGACAGGGGUGAUCAUUGCUGGGGAUGUAUGUAGCAGAUGCCCCUUUGGGGGAAAAUUGCACAGGUUCUCCAUGGGCAGAAAUGAGUGUCCCCGAGACCUUGGCAGACCUGUGCUCAUUGACAGUGAAGCUACACUGGCUUGCAAGGGUUGGCCCCAAAGCUUUCCUUAAGCAGGGAAAGCCAUGCAGGGAGAGGAUUAGCUUUUAAGGUAGUUUGGGUGUUUUUAUGAAUCUCUUUCUUCCUGUAGUCACAGUCAUAGUGCUGAAAUGUUUUCAUUUUUCUUAAAGGAAGGAUUCAGCUCUUAUAUAGUUCACUCUCCUCCUUUCCCAAGUUGUCUGUGAAGCCAGCCAUGGCAAUUGUCUCUUUCACUUUUUGAUGCCCAGGCUGUCCAGGUAUCAGAAAUAUUUUGGGUGAUCAGUGGGGAGACAGAGGAGGAAGGAGGUGACUGCGCCACUGUAGCCAGUACUCUUUCUUCGUGCUCAGGGCAUGCUUUGAGUUGGGCUGCAGGGCAGAUCUGUUUCAGAGCUGCUGAUAGCUGUGUGCUCAGACGGGCCGUGAGGGUGAAGCUGCUUCAACAACUACAGCUGGAGAGAGGUUGGCCUGAGAAGUGACAGGGGUGACAGGGAUCAUGGAUGAAAUUCUGGGGCAGAUCUAGUCUCCUUUCCCUGAGAGCCCUCUUCAGGCAAUCACUGCUAGGGGAACAUCUUGAUUUCCAAAGUGGCUUUGAGCUUCUUGGAAACCACCUUCUUGGAGGUGAUAUCUCCUCCUUGAGGCUUCCCUAUGGUCAUCUCUCCAGGGACAGGUUCCUCUGGAGGCAGCUGGAUGUCCUUGCAAUACCCAAGAUGUUCCAGAUCAGUUCAAAGGGAAGCAGUCUGAGGUUUCAACUCUUUUAGUCUUCCAGUCAAGGUGAAGCCUGACCAAGGAAGACCUGACUUCCCACCACCUGCCCAUGCUGGCAGUAUUAAGCACCUGCACUUUAGGGGUCUGUUCUGCCUGGUUUCUCUCCCUACCUCGCCCUGGUUCUCCAGAGCAGGUUUCCAUAUCCCCAGAGCAUCUCCGAGCAAGCACUGAAUAAACCACCAUCCUUUCCUUUAGUAGCUGUGGUGAACAGCUUCUCUCUGUCUUCCUCUGUGCUCCCCGAUUUCUUCUAAACUUGCAGGAAAACUUAAAAAAAAAAAAAAAACCCAGCCAUCACAGCCCUUCUUUGGCUGGCAGAGGCAAAGAACGCUGUGGUUGCAUCCAUACUCGUAAGCUAGGCAGUGUCUACUGCCAUUGCCCCAACAAUCUCAGCAAGGCUCUGGAGAUGACAAGGUCCAGGGGUUGUUCCCAAUAAGCAAUAUGGACGAGGCCACCUUGUUGGGAGGGAGUUUCUACCAUGGACCUCCUGUCCCUAUCGGCCUCAAGGCCAGAGAUUAUGCUGUGGCACUUUUAAUUUCCUAGUAGAGACGUAGCCUGACUCUCACCUGGUUGCCUGGCCAACCAGGUCAAAAAAAACCUCAGACGUCCUCCAAAUUAAUCUUUUCUUCCAUUUCUUGCAGACCACAAGAAAGAGCUGAGUCCCAGCACUUGCUGCAGUGGUCUCAGGUUCCCAGCUCCAGACAUGGGUUGGGAGUUGCCCGUUUUCCCUUCCCAGCUAGCAGGGCCCAGGUCCUGCCUGCAACAUCAUCAUUUCUCAGGUCUUGCUGGUGCGUCCCCUCUGGAAGAAGAACAGGCUGCUCUGGGUCCUUCUCCACCUGUUGCUGGAGGAAGCGAAUGCUCUGCUCCUAACUCCGGCCAGGGCAGCCCUUCUUCGCUGAAGGGAAAUGCCCCAUCUGCCAGGUG